AUUUUCGGCAUGCGUAUCAACUGUUUGAUAAAAUUCCUGAAAGAAAGAAUUCGAGUUAUAUUUCACAGUCAAAUAUUUACUUGUGUGAAUGUGUAAUGUAUUCACUUUAUUAUCAUUAUUAUUAUUAUUAUUAUUAUUAUUAUUAUUAUUGUCGUCGUCGUCGUCGUCGUCGUUUUGGUUUUUGUCUGUUUGCCAAAUGUGAAUCAGUUGUUUGAGUCAUGAUUUCCAAGAAUCUAAUCUAUACUUUGUUUACACCAACCUCCUGCUGUUUGAUUGUAAGACUACAUUUCUAAUGCAACUCUUAUUAAGACAUGUUCGACACUCUUUGCAUUGUAAAAUCCUGAACCAUGAAGUGAUCCUAAUAUCUUCGAUUGUAUAGAACCCUUCAUGGGUUUAUGGUUCACUUCAGGAAUGAUUAUUGUGACAGUCUCAUUAUGGAAAAUGGGAAAGAAGCUGAACUUAAGAGUUUUCUCAAAGUCCUUCCGUCUGUAGAAUUUUGCUGCGUCUAUGGCUCAGCUCUUCAUCCAAAUAAUAAUGAUAAGUCAUCCAUGGUAGAUUAUAUUCUUGGUGUAUCAGAUCCUCGACAAUGGCACUCUGAGAAUCUGAGGUUGAAUGGAGAUCACUAUGCGUCGUGGAUGGUGCACCUUGGUGGGGCCAAAUUGAUAACUGAAGUUGCAGAUGAGAUUGGUGUUGGUGUGCAUUUCAAUCCUUUUGUAAGAUGGAAUGGCAAGAUGCUCAAAUAUGGGGUUGUUAGAAUGCAUGACUUGGUUCAGGACAUACUGAAUUGGAAGAGAUUCUACUUGUGUGGCCGUCUACAAAAACCAGUUCACAUACUUGUGGAUAAUGUGGAUAUUGGAAAUGUAAACUCCGUCAAUCUAAAGGCUGCACUUUCUGCUGCUCUCCUCAUUUUGCCAUCCAAAUUCACUGAGGAAGAUCUAUAUUCCAAAAUAUGUAGUCUAUCAUAUAUGGGUGACUUGCGCAUGCUUUUUGCCGAGGACAAAAAUAAGGUGAAGAAGAUUGUACAAGGGCAAUUUGGUCUAUUCCAAUCGAUGUAUACACCAUUUCUUCAAGAAUAUGAGGCUAAAGAGUUACUAAGAUUCUCCUCAUUCAAUAGUGAUCAGGCAAAUAUCUCUCAGGAUUGUGGUUUGUCAGUGACUCGUUCUCUAGUUCGUGCUCUUCCUCCACUAGUCAGAAACAAAUUGGGGAUGAAGCUAGGGGAGAAAAAAAUGCUUAAUGAUUCUGGGCGAGUUGUACGUGAAGUCAUGAUUAGUUCAAGAGAAGAGGCUGCAAGAUGCAUGCAGAAGGUCCUAAGGCGUACUGUCAUGGUUUCCAGUUUAAGGCAGGCUGUCUCCGGUCUACUCGCUGUAGGCGGUAUUAAUGCCACUAGAUAUGUUGCUAGUAAAAUGCACAAGGCUUGGAAAUCAUGGACAUGAUAUUCUGCAAAUUUUAAUUCCUUUCUCUUCCUUUUUUUUUAUUGAUAUCUGGAAAUCAGUUCAGCUGGACUAAACACACAUAAUAAAAGGAAUCUAGAAACUAGUAGAUAUAUUCCAAAUGCUAUGAGAGCAAGUUUUGCAAUGCUAAUCCUUUUUCAUAA